AUGAGGGAUCAAAAUAGCCAGGAUGAGGUGGCCUCGGCGCGAGUUGAGGAUCGAGGGAGGGAUCGCCGAUGGACACUGACGGCAUGCUACCGUGACUGGACGCGCCUCGACCGCCUCGGAAACCGUUCUGAGCUCGCCCUCGACCCCGACCUCGUCCACGUCCGUGUGCACCGCUGCCGCCACGACCGCCUCCUGCUCGAUGUGCACGGUGCCCUGGAUGAUGCGAACCUCGUCCUCUGGUUGGUUGACCUUGUGAGUUCAUCGUUGGCGGCUCUGAUGACCUGUGAACAAGCGUCGGGCCAGAGUCGAUCUUGCUUAGCUAUACCUGUGUUGAAGCGCGCGAGAUUGCAAUGCGAUGUGAUGCUGCCGCACCGUGCGGUCUAUCUGGGCUAUGGUGUGUUGGUGUGUGGUGUGAGAUAG